AUGGAGGACGCUAUUGUGUGUGUUUUCCACCAUGGAGGAAAGUUCAUUAAUGAUAGUACCCUAAAGUAUGAAGGGGAGACAACAACUUUGUCCUUUGACCCUGACAUGUGGAGUUUUUUUGUGGUUGUCAGUGUAGUGAAAAGUUUACGAUAUGAGAAUUUUAAAGAUUUAUGGUAUUGUUUAGGAGGGGGUUUAGUGUUGGAAAAUAGGUUGGAACAAUUGAUUGAUGACAGAGGUGCCAUGCAUAUGGCUAACUUAGCUAGGCUUAAUGGUGAAGUUCAUUUAUACGUUGUCCAUGUAGUUUCUGAUCUCGAAGUCAUUCAUAUGCUUGAAGACAUUACUAAUGAUGAAGGAGAAGUUGAAGGUAAUGGUACAGUACAAAAAGAGGGUGAAGAAGAUGGUGAUUCUGUUCAAGUAAAUGGUGAAGGUGAUGGUGACUUACAAGAGGUGAAUGUUUGUGAAGAAGAUGGUGACGGUGUUGAAGUAAUUGGUGUAGUUGAUGGUGACUUACAAGAGGUGAAUGUUUGUGAAGAAGAUGGUGACGGUGUUGAAGUAAAUGGUGUAGUUGAUGGUGACUUACAAGAGGUGAAUGUUUGUGAAGAAGAUGGUGACGGUGUUGAAGUAAAUGGUGUAGUUGAUGGUGACUUACAAGAGGUGAAUGUUUGUCAAGAAGAUGGUGACGGUGUUGAAGUAAAUGGUGUAGUUGAUGGUGACUUAGAAGACGUGAACGAGGGUGAAGAAGAUGGUGGUGCUGUUGAAGUAGAGGUUGAAGGUCAUGGUCACGUACAAGAGUUGCAUGAGGUUAAAGAAGAGCAAGAGUUGAAUGUGUGUGAAGGAGUUGUGGAGGAUGAAGUUUAUCUUUGUAGUUGGAGUACAUCUACUGAAGAAGGUCUAAGAUACAGGUCUAAGAUACAAUCAUUUUCAGGACCAAUUUGUGCAAAGAUCCAGGCCAGAUUUACAAAGGAAUCCCAAGCAACCAAGAACUGGAUACCUAGCUGGUCAGCACACAAACUCUUUGAAGUAAGACACGUCUCCCAAAGUGGAGAAAAAUUUGUUGUAAACAUAGACGAGUUCUCAUGCUCGUGCAGGAGAUGGAGCAUCACAGGAAUUCCAUGUUGUCACUCUCUAGCCGCAAUGAAGUUUCUUAAUAUUGAUGGCCAACAGUUCAUUCCGGCUUGCUUUCUAAAGUCCACCUAUGAAGAAACCUAUGCAUCAAUCGUAUAUCCCAUCAACGGAAACAACAUGUGGGACCUAACACCAUAUCCGGAUGUCAUGCCUCCUAGGAAAAAGGUUAUGCCUGGAAGACCUAAAAGGAAAAGAAGACUGGAGCAGUUGGAGAUCAGAAAGGAUGAUUCACGAGUGAGCAAGGGUGGUUUGCGGAAGAGAUGCGGGCUAUGUAGGGAGGUUGGACACAACAGGAGUCGUUGCCCCAAAGCAACCCAAGAACCAAUCAUGCCAUCAUCACAGUUAUCUGAAGUUUGUAUGAAUGACCAGGAAGCUCAACUAUAG